GUCGAAUAACAGUGCUUUCGGAUGCUGGAGAGAAGAAGUAGCGUAUCAUCAGGACCAGAAGCGUGAGUGGGAUGGAGACGCUGAGCGAGGUGUAAAUGGAGAAGAAGAAUGUCAUCAAGAGAAAUUGGAUGCCCAUACCACUUUAAAGUGCUUUGCAUUGCAACACAAACAGCAUCACUUCUCUCUGAAGUAAUCCAUUACUGACAAUUAAUGUCAAACUGCACGCUGGAGCAGCUUCAUGCUGCCUCGCUGGGUGAAACAUUGCUCCAGGAAAGAAAGCUUUAUAAGAUCCAGCUGAUUGAAACACACCUAAAUGCAGCAUAAUGCCUUCAAAAGUGUCAUGUUUAUACCUGUUGACAGUGGUCUGCUGGGCGAGCGCUCUGUGGUACUUGAGCAUAUCUCGCCCAAUGACCACCGAUGUCGGCCACAUGUCUGUGCCUAUACGUAAGAGUCCGAAAAACCCCCAAAACCUCACCUUCACCAACAUCCACACCCGCCCCCUGAACCCACAUGCCUUUGAAUUUGUCAUCAAUGAGCCGAAGAAGUGCGAAAGUGCCGCUCCCUUCCUGGUCAUCCUCAUUAGCACCACACACAAGGAGUUUGAUGCGCGGCAGUCCAUCCGGGAGACCUGGGGGGAUGAGAGCACCUUCGAGGACAUCCACAUCCUCACCAUUUUUCUGCUGGGCAGGAACACGGAUCCCAUCCUGAACCAGAUGGUGGAGCAGGAGAGCCAGAUCUUCCAUGACAUUGUGGUGGAGAACUUUAUUGAUUCCUACCACAACCUCACCCUCAAGACCAUGAUGGGCAUGCGCUGGGUGGCUACCUUCUGCCCCAAAGCGCAGUAUGUCAUGAAGACUGACAGCGACAUCUUUAUCAACAUGGACAACCUGAUCUACAAGCUCCUGAAGCCGACCACCAAGCCAAAGAGGAGGUAUUUCACCGGCUAUGUCAUAAACGGUGGGCCCAUACGGGAUAUGCGCAGCAAGUGGUACAUGUCCCGGGACUUGUAUCCCGACAGUCGAUACCCACCUUUCUGCUCAGGCACUGGCUAUGUGUUCUCAGCAGACGUUGCUGAGCUGAUCUACCAGGCUUCAUUGCACACACGGCUGUUGCACCUGGAGGAUGUGUACGUGGGACUGUGUUUGCGUAAGCUGGGUAUACACCCGUAUCAGAACAAUGGCUUUAAUCACUGGAAAAUGGCCUACAGUCUCUGCAGGUACAGACGGGUUAUCACGGUGCACCAGAUCUCCCCGGAGGAGAUGCACCGCAUUUGGAACGACAUGUCCAGCAAGAAGCACCUGAGAUGUUAAAGGGACGCGGGACAACUUUGUUUUUCUUUGCCUGUUUCUCCGUUUCAAAUCUCAUCGCACUGAGUAUUGUCAAAACACUGAUGGCUGCGGCUAGUCUCUAUUUGAUGACACAUGUUUUCAUUAACCUCCAUCUUUGUCUAUUUCUGCUGGUCAUGCCUCAUGGUUGUUCAUGAAUGCAUGAGGCUUGUAAAGUGCAUACUCUUAUGCAUAAUCAGAACGGGGUAUUUGUGACUGAAAGUCAUUUUGUAUUCCAUGUACACAUUCAAGCAGAAUAUUCCUUAUAAGCAUUCAGCCAAUCAGUGUUAAGCAUUAAAUAGUGCGGCCUGAUGGGAAGCGGCUGUUUGAAGCGGACGACCUUGGCUAAAGUGUUCUUGAGCAAGACACUGGAUCUCUCUCCAUCUGCGUGGCUGCUGACUUAGCACCCUCCACUUCCUGUUGUAGAGCAAGCAAAAGACCAUUUCUGUGCAGGAAUCAAUUAGGUUUGAAAUUACUACAUCACAUCUGCAAUGUUAUACAUUUUUUAAGUAUUACAUUUUAAAAGUAUCUUUUUCGAGUGGACAGUUUCUGAACAACCAGCGUGCAAAUAAUAAUCAUAAUCCAACAACAUAGCUGGUUGUCUGUUGAGGUCAAACUGCAUCUCCACUUAUGUUCAGCUUUUUUCAUCUUUAUGAAUAUAUGCGCUGCAGUCUAUUGUCAGUCCCCCAACAGACCAAGUUGAACGUUAAUUUGAUAUUAUUCAAUUGAUAAUUGUCCUCUUUCAUUGGUAAAAACACGUAGGAUGCUCUUUUUUUUCUUUUUUAUGAAUUUUGCCUUGCGUUUUUGUUUACGUUCUUUUAUAACUUCACUGCCUCCUUUGUCCGAAAAAGACAGAUGCAUAUUUUUUUGUUUUUAGAUGCACUCUGUGUCUCAGCUACCAGCUCAUUACUUCAGCUGCUGCUCUGGGUUAAUGAUUGCUGUGUGUCAGCAGCUAUUUCAGCCUCCUCCAUAUAUCAAGAGAAAUACACUAUCAUGUUGUGCAAGUCAAAGUUUAACUGUAGCUAAGGCCAUUACAGACUGGAUGUAUUUUGUAUGUAUCUGGCAUAUACGUGAUUACUGAAGCGCUGCUAUUGGCGUCAUUGAAAGAUGUUGUGCUUCUCUUCAUUCAUGGCCAAAUGUUCAAGGGUUUUGUAGUAUUAAACGCUAAUGUGACAUUUACUGUGAAAGCAUCCAUCCCGCCAGGGGUUGUUGUUGUAUAUUGUAUGUUUUUUAUAUUAAAAAACAAAUACUUGAAUAAUUAAAGUUAUACUACUGCUUUCA